GGGUGAUCGAUCACGUUGAUGACGGCUAAUCCUCAGUCACAGUCUAUCUGUCUUCUUACCUGUCUGUCUGUCCUUCUUGUCCUGCUGUUUUCAUAUUUACAUAAUUAUUUGGUCUCACCAUUUGCCUUUAUAAAAUUCCCCCUUCGAACCAAGCUCAAUCUGCACCAGCUAGCCUUAGCUACGUACUUAAGUUAUUUAUUAUAUAUAAUUAGUGGAUCGGAUCUAUCCGGCCAAUCGAUCCAUACUCGAUCAGUCAGAACCAAGAAUUGAAGGAAGAAGAUCGAUGACGAUGCUGAGCACCAACAACAAUAACAACAAGGUUGGUCAGUUUGGGGACACCACAUUGACCAAAGUGUUCGUGGGAGGGCUGGCCUGGGAGACUCCGAAAGAGAUACUGAGAGAGCAGUUUGACAAGUUCGGUGAGAUCCUUGAAGCCGUCAUCAUUUCUGAUAAGCUCACUGGCAGAUCCAAAGGCUAUGGUUUUGUGACAUUCAAGGAAGCAGAGGCGGCCAAGAAGGCUUGCGAGGAACCAACUCUGAUUAUCAAUGGUCGCAGAGCCAACUGCAAUCUCGCAUCGCUCGGUGCACGCCGUCCAAGGUCAUCACCCAUCCCUUCCCCCUCCCAAACUCCUCCACCUCCACAGGCACAACUAGCAACCAGGCAGGUUCAGUGGUAUUAUCCCCCUGCAGUUGCACCGGCUGCUUCCCCAUACCAUCAUCAGCCACUUCCUUUCUACGGGUACCCGCACACUUACAUUGCAGCGCCAGGGGACAUGAAUUACAAUUACAAUUACAAUCAGCAGAAGUUGAGCUACGGAAAUGGUGGGGGCUACUAUGGGCAUCAAGUGUACCCGGUGCCAAUGUACUACCAGCACCACCACCACCCAGCUGUGUACCACCACCGAGCCACCGAGACAAUGGGUCUACCUGCACACAUGUUCCAUUUCGCCACCAUGGCUCCUGCUACAGCUCAAGUUGGCACGGGUACUGAAUGCUUCAAAAGGGUGGUCUAAGUCUGAGUCUGAGUCUGAGAGAAGCUUAAUUAAUAAUAUGAGCAGGACCUGGUGGAGUAGAACGUGGUGCUGAUUGACUGCACGCAGCUACAUUAUUAUUAUUUGAUCUGUCGUGCCAUGCCAUUGCCAGCAAUUCUUUUUUACUUUUUGUAAUUUUGUUUCAUUUUUAAUUAAUUCUUUAUCUUAGCUAGGUACCUGUUUCGUUUCAUUCAUCAGAUUCUUUCAUUCUCUCUCUCUCUCUAACAUCCCAGCAUAUAUGAGCUGUGAACUCUUCAGUACAACAAAAGAACAACAAUAUGUCCAUGUGUAUCAAUCAUGAACCACCACCCAUGCCUUAUGGCCUUGGUUGUUUUUCCCUCACAUCAAAUUAACUUUCAUUUUCUUUCCUCUUC